AUGGCCGUCGAUGACCACGCCAUGCGUAACUGUGUGACGAAUUACAGGAACAAAAGAAUACUACUAGGCCUAUUGCUGAAAAGGCAGUUAACGAAAUAUUCGGAAACAUCAACAGAUGAUUCAAGGUUUCCCCUUACAAAUGAUUUUCUAAAUCGGAAAUCGAUAGUUGCUACUCGGAGAGAGAACUUCCAACCGACAGCAAAUCAUUUGCUGUGCUCUCUUCAUUUUGAAGAGAACUGUUACAUGGAAAAUUAUUUAAAUAGACGUCAACAGAAGGACGAUGCUAUAUCGACAGUAUUUGGAUUUCCAACUCAUUUGAAAAAGGUUACCAAGGCAAGGAAACCUCCAAAGCCAAAGCCAAGAAAUGUUGAGACAGCAGAAAACGUGUGUGUGGAUGUGCACGUUUCUGCUUACACUGGAGACCACAAUUAUUCAUUUCCAUUAAGUCCAAGUAAGCUGAAGGAAAAGUUCGUAAAAACUGAAGAAAGGAAGGGAGCAAGCAGAAAUUGUGCAAUAUAA